GUGAACGACGACACCUCUCAUCCCAUCUCAUACAACUCGGCAUUCAUCUCAUCUCAUCCGCACAGACACGACAUUGCAAGGAGAGCAUAAGCCACAAUGAUUCUCUUGGAGUCCCACAACGUCAUCAUCCACGAUGUCCUCACCGACCGGUUCGAGAAGGAGUCCCGCGCCGACAUCCAGUUUGUCGACUUUGACAGCGUCCGCUUCCACCUCUCCACGCCCGACUCGAAGACGGUCAUCCUCCUCUCCAUGGGCAUCCUCUGCUGGCCCGACCUCGUCAAGUACGGCGCCCGCCAGUAUCUCGAGCAGGCUUACGCCGGCUACAUCCUCCCCGAGAACCAGACCGAGCCCGAGUACAACGUGUCGCUGGCGAUUGACCUCGAGAAGCUGCCCGCGUCGCCUGAGGAGAGGCAAGAGCUGGUCCAGCACCUGUCGCUGCUGAAGCGCAAUGCCCUCGCUGCGCCCUUCCAGGCCGCGUUUGAGGAGCAGAAGACACUGCAGGCCAACUACAAGGAGCCUGCUGGUGCGCAGCAGGUCAACCUUGCGCCGGCCGAGAGCAAGGGAGAACUGAAGAUUAUCAACUACCGCGAGUCGGAGGCCAUGUUUAUCCAGGCCAACCACGACCGUGUGACGGUCAUCUUCUCGACCCUGUUUGCCGACGAGACGGACCGCGUCUACGGCCGUACCUUCCUCCAGGAAUUUGUCGACGCACGUAAGCAGCAGUCGCUGCAGAGCGCGCCCCAGGUUACAUACUCGAACCGCGAGCCGCCCCUUGAGAUUCGUCAUAUCCCCGGCCUCAAGCGGAGCGAGGACGUCGGCUAUGUUACAUUUAUUCUCAACCCUCGUCACUACGCCAACCCGACGCAGGCGCUGUCGACCAUCUCGCGCAUUCAGCUGUUCCGCGACUACCUCCACUACCACAUCAAGUGCUCCAAGGCGUACAUGCACUCGCGCAUGCGCUACCGUGUCGCCGAGUUCCUGAAGGUGCUCAACCGCGCCAAGCCCGAGGUCGCCAACGCGGAGAGGCGAACCGUCUCGGGCCGUACCUUCCGGUCGCGUUAGGGCGGGGGGGGGGCCAAGCACACGACUACUAGAUGGAGGAGACGAGAGGGGUGCCACCAUGUGAUACGACCGCUGCACGCGCAGUCGUAUCCAAGACGGUGGUUUCAUAUUCAGACAUGUGCGACGGUGGCCGUACGUACAUGGUUGCAGUUGUAGACAACGACGACGGGCAACGGUCGUACAGGUGGAAUGUAUACAGAUCAUCCUACGUG